AAAUUCCACUUUUCUCGCUCCUCUUUUCAUUACAGUUUUUCACCAUCCCCCUACGGUAACGAAAAUAACCAAACCCAGUUAUAAUUAUUACAACAAAAAUUAAAAAAAGAAACACACUUCAAAGUUCAAAACUCCAGUAUUUCCAUUUCACAUGUUAUCAUCAAUCAUCAUCAAAUCGAGUCCUAAUUUCCCAUGGCAUCACAAUCCCAAAUCUACAUCUCCAUCCUAACCCUCUUCCUCCUCAUAAACCAAACCACAUCCGAACAAAUCGAGAAUUCAGAAUCAACAGAAACAGAAAACGAAAACGAAUGCGAACAACGUUGGAUCUACAUAAGAAAAUUACCACCAAGGUUCAACCUAGAUCUACUAUCAAAUUGUUCAGAAUACACAUUUGUAGAUGACCUAUGUCCUUUCUUAGCAAACCAUGGGCUGGGCCAAAAAACCCAUAACCGUUCCCAUAGUUGGUACCGAACAGACCCAUCCAUGCUUGAACUAAUAUUCCAUCGGCGCAUGUUAGAAUACCCAUGCCUCACCGAAGAUCCAAAUACCGCAGACGCAAUCUAUCUACCUUAUUACGCUGGAUUCGAUGCUCUUCGUUAUUUCUACGGUCCAGAUUAUAAUUCAAGCGAAGAACACGGUGUUCAACUUUUUCAUUUUCUACAGAAUGAAAACCCUUCGAUUUGGAACCGUCAUUCGGGUCACGAUCAUUUUUUGGUUAUGGCCCGACCCGCUUGGGAUUUUUCUCAGCCGUUGGAUACCGAUCCUCAUCUUUGGGGAACUUCGUUUCUUGAGUUACCUUAUUUCUUCAACGUAACCGCAUUGACUCUUGAGGCACGUGCUUGGCCUUGGCAAGAACACGCCGUUCCUUAUCCGACGUCGUUUCAUCCACCGAAUCUCGCUUUGUUGGAUUCGUGGAUUCAACGCGUUCGUCGUUCGAAGCGUUCUUCUCUUGCUCUUUUUGCCGGCGGUGGUGGUUUCUCCGCCACGCCGAAUAUUCGCCGGAGUAUAAGAAUAGAGUGUGAAAACAGCACUGAGAAUGUGAAUUCGUUUGGUUAUGAAAAGCUUUGUGAUACUGUUGAUUGUUCCAAUGGUGUUUGUGAACAUGACCCAAUUAGGUUUAUGAAACCAAUGAUGGGGUCGAAUUUCUGUCUGCAACCACCAGGGGAUACUCCUACUCGUAGAUCGACUUUCGAUGCUAUUCUUGCCGGUUGUAUACCUGUGUUUUUCGAGGAUCUUUCGGCAAAAUUUCAGUAUUCAUGGCAUUUGCCUGAGAAUGAAUUUGAUGGUUUUUCUGUUACUAUACCGAAAGAGGACGUUGUGUUUAGGGGUUUGAAGAUUCUUGAUGUGUUGGAGAGAAUACCUAGGGCUAGAGUUAGGAGAAUGAGGGAGAAAGUUUUGGAGUUGAUUCCGAGAGUUGUGUAUAGGAAGCACAAUAGUUCUCCUGGUUUGAGAACUAAGAAAGAUGCAUUUGAUUUAACAAUUGAUGGUACUUUGGAUAAGAUAAGAUUCAGGCUUCAGGAACCUGAUUUGGUUAUGUAAAUUAUGUUUCAUUUAGUUUCUUUUUAUGUUCAGAAUUAAGCAAUAGUGAAAUAGUUAAUUGCCAUUUACAUUUGCAUUUUCCUUUUUUUAUGUUUUGUUUUUGAAUUUAUUUCUGAGCUUAUGUCUAUCUUGCUUAUGAUUCUCAUCAUAUUUAGCCACUUGUAGUUAUAGUCUAUAAAUUAUAUUUAUGGUCUUUUGUACAUUUGUUUGUGUAUUUCUCAAUUCAUAUUCUAGGUUCAAUUUGCCACUCCAACAUCAUGGGUUUCUUCUUACAUGAAUGACAGAAUGCAGCAAAGCAUCAAAUUGUGACAACAUGCAUUUAAAAUGUCACAAACAUUUGGUUGUGUGUAUGAAGUUCAGAACAGGGUUUAUCGCGUGGUAAUUCUCAGGGAUUGAGUUAUUAAUUCGAGUUUAUUGUGAACAGAAAAUUCAUUCUAAGAGAGAGUUGAAACGAAUAUAAGGCAUGUUGUUGGCGUUUCAUGUCA